AGGCUAGGGGGUAGGGCGGAGAACGUGGAGAGGCUCUUUUCCUGUCUGAGUGUGCGUGCCUGGAGGAGGGGGUGGUCGGGUUGGCUUCUGAAUCGCCAGAGGACAGGAGGGGCUUCAGGCAUCCACGUGUAAGGGUAUCUUUCCACAUUUGGAGGUGACCCAAGAUAAGGGGAAGGAGAUGGAAGAGGAGGACUCAGAAGGACCUGGGAUAGACAAGAGAUCAAGGAAGAGUCCCCAUCUCACCCAGGCUGGGAGUGCUGUUGAAUCCUGGGAAAGAACUGUGCCAGCGAUCCGGUCUGAGAACACAGUAGCCACAGAAAGACGCAACCAAUGCUUCCGGCAGUUCCGCUACCAUGAGGCCGAUGGACCCCGAGAGGUUUGCAGCCAACUGCAAGCACUUUGCAGCCAUUGGCUGGAGCCCGAGAAGCACACCAAGAAGCAAAUCCUGGACCUGGUGGUCCUGGAGCAGUUCCUGGCCAUCCUGCCCCAGGGAAUGCAGUGCUGGGUGAGAGGAUAUGAGCCAGAGACCAGUUUGCAGGCGGUGGCCCUGGCCGAAGGUUUCCUCCUAAGUCAGGCUGAGGAGAAGAGGCAGGCAGAGCAGAUGUGGGGACCAGCUGUAAAGAUGGAAGCGACGUUCUCUGAGACAGAAGGAGCUCCUUCCGAGGAACUUCAGAGGGCGCAGGCCCAGAAGCAUGCCCGAGAUGCUGUGCUAAGUGAACACAGGAUUGUAAGAGAGACUAUAGUGGAGAGCAACGAAGGUUUUGUGUCAGAAGAAUGGCUGGAGAGUUUCUCAGGAAGAUCUCAGGAGACUCUUUCUUUCCCACAUGAGCUGCCUGCCACAGCAGAUGUAGAGGAGACAACUGGGGAAUACCAGAGAUUCUCUUUGGAAAAUGCCAAGAACAAUAAUGCUGAAGGAAACUUGGGAGAAGGAGAUGGACCACAGAGGCAGGAGGAAAGCCAUGCAGAAGCCAGAAAUGUAAGAGAGUCUACAGUGGAGAGCAACGAAGGCUUUGUGCCCGAAGAAUGGCAGGAGGGUUUCUCUGGAAGAUCUCAGGAGACUCUUCCUUUCCCACAUGAGCUGCCUGCCACGGCUGAUGUAGAGGAGACAACCGGGGGAUUCCAGGAAUUCUCUUUGGAAAAUGCCAAGAAUGAUGCUGCUGAAGGAAGCUUGGGAGAAGGAGAUGGACCACAGAGGCAGGAGGAAAGCCAUGCAGAUGUAUCAAUAGCAGCAUCUGGCAUCAUCCGAAACCCAGGAAAGCUAGAAAAAGCAAAUGAAGAAAGAAUUAUAGAGAAAGAAAUUCCUGAGGAUGAUCAGUGGAAUGAGGAUGAGGAACUGCAUCCUCUAUCACCAGAUGAAAUUCAGAAUGAAGGCUUGAGGGAAAACUUCAGGGAUCAAGGAACACCUAGGAGACAGAAAGGUAGUCAAGUGGAUAAACGCAUUCCUUGCCAAGGGGGGGAUUUCCAAGAAGUCAUUCCCAUGGUGGAGGAAACAGACAAGGGCUUGGAGUGUGUAAGGAACAUCUCAGAUCCAAGCCAAUAUAACAUCCAUUUAGAAAUGCACAGUGGAAAGAAGACCCAACAAUUCCUGGAGAGUGGAGAGACCAUGAUUGGCAGUUCAGAGUUUUGUAGACAUCAAAGAACACAUACAGGAGAGAAACCUCAUAGCUGCUCAGACUGUGGCAAGAGCUUUUCAGAGAAUUCAGACCUUGUUCAGCAUUCAGACCUUGUUCACUCAGGAGAGACACAAUUUAUCUGCUCAGAGACUGGAAUGGUGUUCUCUGAUGAAAGAAUGCGCAUAGUACGCUUCCCAAAACCUGGUAUAAUGAAGAUACAUAAACGCUUUCAGUUUGGAAAGUACUUCAGAUACAGAUCAGAUCUCACUGUGCACCAAAAGGUCCACAGAGGGGAGAAGCCCUUUGAAUGCUUAGAGUGUGGGAAGAGAUUCCAGCAGAGUAUCCAUUUGCAGCUGCAUGAAAGAACUCACACAGGGGAGAAGCCUUUUGAAUGCUCAGAGUGUGGGAAGAGAUUCAGUCGGAGUGGCACUCUUCAACAGCAUCAACGAACCCACACAGAGGAGAAGCCUUUUGAAUGCUCAGAGUGUGGGAAGAGAUUCAGUCGGAGUGGCCAUCUUCAGCAGCAUCAAAGAACCCACACAGGGGAGAAGCCUUUUGAAUGCUCAGAGUGUGGGAAGAAAUUCAGUCGGAAUGGCCAUCUUCAGCGGCAUCAACGAACCCACAUAAAAGAAGAAACUUUUGAAUGCUCAGAGUGUAAAAAGAUAUUCAAUCGCAGUUGUGAUCUUCAAGAGCAUCAACAAAUCCACUCAGGGGAGAAGCCCUUUGAAUGCUCAGAGUGUGGGAAGAGAUUCAGGCACAAUAGCACUCUUCAACAGCAUCAACGAACCCACACAGGGGAGAAGCCUUUUGAGUGCUCAGAGUGUGGGAAGAAAUUCCGUCACAGUAGCACUCUUCAACAGCAUCAACGAACCCACACAGGCGAGAAACCAUUUGAAUGCUCAGAAUGUGGGAAGAGAUUCCGCCACAGUAGCACACUUCAGCAGCAUCAACGAACCCACACAGGCGAGAAGCCUUCUGAUUGCUUAGAGGUGGAAAGAGAUUCAGUUACAGUAGAUUUCUAGAGCAUCAAAGAGCCCGCACAAGGGGAAAGCUCUUUGAAUGCUCAUAGUAUGGGUAGUGACAGUAGCCCACACAGGGAAGAAACCAAGCCGUCAAAAUAAAACAGAUUCCUGAAGUGGCUUUCAGCCAUUUCACCAGUGGGUUUCACUUUCCUCUGCUUCCAGUGGUGGGAACCAAAAUGGAUCAUUAAAGAUGGCUGCCAGACAUUUAACCUUUUCUUGGCAAUCCCUCCCUUUUUUUGCCAUGGCCAGGAGAAGGAGGCAUCUGAACUGGCCAGCUCAAGCAUGGCUGGCUCAGGACCACCCCAAACCCUGAGCUGAACCAGAAUUUUUAGGUUCCUGUCUGUCUCUAAACUGUAACCACUAUGCAGCCUGGCUCACCUGGAAAUAGAAAACCAAAUCAAGAUGGAAAGAUCUCACUGUCAGUUUCCCAAAGUUCUUCUGUCCAGGGCAGCAUUAUGACUUUCAUGGGCCCUAGGUACUUUUACCUUCACGAGCCUGCUGCCUUCCUCCAUAAAAAUAUUAAACAUUAUAUUUUACCACUGCAUUGGUAUAAAGUCAAAUAUAAUCCAGGUUGGAUUAUAUUAAUCUAUUAUUCAUCUUUCUACAAAUACAGUUAAAAUAUUUUUUAGGGCUGCCAGACCCUGGUAGAGGUAGACCCGCCACCAAUCAGCUGGCCAGAAAAUGACCCACGCCCAGCUGACCCUGGACCAAUGUGUCUACCAUAGGGUUUUUGCUCAAAUACCAGAGAAGUAAACUGCGCUGAAGCUAAAUAAGCCUCCAAUGUGCCAUCCUUCAGUUGGCACCUAUGGCGGAGGCCAUAUUGGUCAUACAGUUUAUAGCCACUAAGCUGUUCCUGUUUGUAUAUUGUUGUAAUUAUCUUGGGUGUAGGUUGGAAAUAUUUUUACUGUCUCUAAUAAGAAGUGUUAUCAUUUAGAGUUGUUCAGAGGCUGGUUUAUCAUGGAAACCUUUGGUUCUAUCUUUGCUACUUCAUUUGUAUUUCUCUUUUGGCUGCAUAUCAUUCAGUUGGCACCUAUGAGUGAGGCCAUAUCGGCCAUACAGUUUUACAGUCACUAAGCUGCUCGCUAUAAUACAAAAAAAUACUGCAUAUAACAAAGUUGUUAAAUAAAUUAUUACUACUA